CACACAAUGACAACCGAAGGCUGGAAAAGAGGAUCGCGCAAACCAACUUCGCCGCCAGAGAUUGGCCCUCGGGCGGGGAAGCGAUCGUCCCGGGGGCCUCUCACAAGCGCAACCAGAGAGUCGCGUCCUCUUGCCGGAGCUGGAAAUUCCUCGCUUUCCAACUACAACCAAGCCGACCGCCUGCCAGGAGGAGGAAAGCGCACCCGCCCUCCUCGCUCUCAGCGCGGAGAAGAGAGGCGGGGGCAUCUCGGUGCGCAGGCCCCUCCCCACCGGUGCGUGCCGAGCGUAGGGCCCAGCUGCCUUCGGCGGGCGGGCAGGAGCUGAGAGCUGCGCGAGCGGACGCGCGAGGCAGCAGUCGCCACCGCGGACGGGGAGUCUUUUUCAGGCGCUGGGUACGGCCGUCCGGGCAGGGCCGCCGGGGAGGAGCCGAAGCGCAGAGGAGGAGGAGCCGCUGCAGCCCCAGCCCUGUGUGCGUCAGGUCCUGCGGGCGACUCGGCAAAGUUCAGGGAAGGCAGGAAAGCGGCGCCUUUGAGGCGAGAGAAGAGGCGAGCCCAGCCCAGCCCGGAGCGAGGUGGGGGGCUUUCCCAGUCCUCGCUGGGAGGGUGCGAAGGCGUUUGCCGGGCAAAAGUUUCUAGCGAGGCCGGGAACGGACGGCUGAACCGAAGAAGCGGGUCCCAUGGAGGGACGGGAGCUCCAGGAACAGCCGCCCGAGCCGGAGGGACGCCAAGGCGUGCAGCCCUGAAGCGGUGGCGCCCGGUUCCUCGGUCUCCAUGGGCGCGGGCGGCGUGCUUUAGGAGGCAGGGUGCCGUCAUGGCCAAAUGGCUGAACAAGUACUUUAGCCUGGGCAAUAACAAGACCAAGAGCCCUCCGCAGCCGCCCCGGCCGGACUAUCGGGACAAGCGGAACGGCACGGCGGGAGCGGGCGGCGGAGGGCAUCACAACCACAACCACCAUCAUCAUCACCAUCACCACCACCACCACACGUCGCCGUGCUUCCCCCGCCACGACACCAGCGACCUGCUUCGCGCCUACCGCGCGCAAAAGGAGCGCGACUUCGAAGACCCUUACAGCGGGCCGGGCUCAUCGCUGCGCAAACUGAGGGCGCUCUGCCGCGCCGAGUAUUGCGCGCCGGAGGAGCUGUUGGUGGAGUCGGCGGGUCCCAAGCCCUUCUCGUCCUCGUCCUGCUGCGGCGGCGGGGUAGGCAGCGGCGGGAACAGCACCGCCGCCGUCGCCUCCUCCACCCCCUCGACGGCCUCGGCUUCGCCUCAGCUCUUCCGCAGCCACAGCGAACGCCGGGCUGCCACCCCGCCCGACUCCGCGUCGGUCAAGUACAUUUCCCCCAAGCACCGGCUAAUCAAAAUAGAAAGCGGCGAAGGUGGUAAGGGCGGCGGCAGCGGCGUUCCCAUCACCUGGAGCCCGCCGGGAAUUGGCGGAGCCGGACAGAAGAAGCUCAACAAGUGUAGCGAACAAGGGGAGGGCGGCGGCGGCGGCGGUGGCAGCGUCUCUUUAACCAAGAAGGAGAAAGUUUUAAUAGCUGAUGACUACUCUGAUCCAUUUGAUGCCAAGAGUGAAGUCAAUAAAAUGGGCAAAGGAGAAAACACUGGCUACAUGGAACCAUAUGAAGCUCAGAGGAUCAUGACAGAGUUACAGAGACAAGACAGUGUGAAGCCCCAGCAAAAAGACAUCCAGCUAUAUGACACACCUUACGAACCUGAAGGCAAUGGCGUGGAAUCUGAUUCAGAAAGUGCUGUGAGUCAACGCCUGAGAGAGAGCAAGUUGCCACAGGAUGAUGAUAGGCCCGCAGAUGAGUAUGACCAGCCAUGGGAAUGGAAUAAGGUCACCAUUCCUGCUUUGGCAGCCCAGUUCAAUGGGGGAGAGAUAAGGCAAUCUUCACCUUCUCCGUCUUCAAGUGAUCGGCGCCGACAGCUUCGUGCACCUGGGGGAGGCUUCAAACCCAUCAAACAUGGUAGCCCAGAAUUCUGUGGAAUCUUGGGAGAGAGAGUGGAUCCAACUAUUCCGCUAGAAAAACAGAUAUGGUAUCAUGGAGCAAUCAGUCGGACAGAUGCAGAAAACCUCUUGCGCUUGUGUAAAGAAUGUAGCUAUCUAGUGAGGAACAGUCAAACAAGCAAGCAUGACUAUUCACUUUCUUUAAAGAGUAACCAAGGUUUUAUGCACAUGAAGUUGGCAAAAACCAAAGAGAAGUAUAUUUUGGGUCAGAACAGCCCUCCCUUUGACAGUGUGCCUGAGGUUAUUCACUACUACACUGCAAAGAAACUGCCUAUCAAAGGAGCCGAACAUUUGUCACUCCUGUACCCUGUAGCUGUCCGGACCUUAUAAUUGUUCUACGCACGCUCCUUCCUGUGGAUUGGAGAUGAAGGCUGCAGCAGCAAAAGGAUCCCUGCAUUGGCAUUGGCAGUUUCUUGAAAACAGACCCCUUUCGGUCUGUCCAGAAACAGACUGUUGUAUAGUAGUAUGAGUGGAAUUGUUGCACUAUUUUGCAUGUCCUGUGUGGAAACGUUGGCUUCUAUUUAUAUGAGAGGAAAUGAAUUCAGACAUAGAAAAAAUGCAUCUUUUUCCAGGAAUCCCACCCUCCCAGGAAUGGAAAUCUUGCCAAACCCAAAGAAAGCUCUUCAAAACGUUCUGCUGUGGCCCACAACAUGCUCCCCUCCUAGCUGUUUUGGGGGGGAAGAAUACAUUCAGACCGAAUCUGCAAAUGGACACACUCACUUCUGGGAGCAGAAUGGGGGGAGAAAAGAAAACUGGCUUUGCUACAUACUCCAGACUUGGGAAUUACAUAUUACACACUCAAACCCAGAUUUGUGUUAUUGUUUUCAUGCACAAAUUAACCCAACAUGAAGACCCUCCCCCCCUUUUUUGUCUUAAUGUGGAUAUCAUUUUAAAGAACUCAAUGAGUAAUUUUGCAAUGGCAGAAAGUGUUUGGUUAUUUAUGAAUAGGGUAUGUACUUAAAUAGUGGUUUAAUAUAUAUACAUAUAUAAAUAUAUUUUUAUUCCCCUCUCCUUAUGCGGGGGAGGGAUACAAUAAUAAAGCUCUAAGGGUUUUUUGUGCCGAUUCCUAAUUUAAAGGCGAUGACUCAGUUCUGUUUUUUUGUUGUGUACGUACAAUGUAAGUGGUGAUGGUUCAUUGAUUUCCCAAGGAAGGUCAGGGUGGUGAGGGUUGAUAUUUACAUGACCAUAUUUCAGACCUAAUGACCUUUCCACAGACAGGCUUCCUCAAGUUGAUAAUGGCAUCCGUGUGAAGAGUGGCCCCACCUCAGGGAUAUGGGGAAAACCCAUGGAUAACUUUCUGUUGUUGUUUCUCAAAAUUAAUAAUGUGUAACAAAAUCAGGCCUACUUUGUCCCUCCCCCCCCCAACAAAAAAAUUAUGUCAUACACAGAAAUGGGGUAGUUUCUGCACUCCACACAUCCUGUCACUUUCUUCAUAACCAUUUGGAAUAAUUGCUUCCAAAGCUCUCUUAUCCUUCACAUUGUCACAGUGCUUGGCUUCUACCUCAUUUAUAAAAUGUAGACCCAUCUCUCUUCUUCUGCCAGGUCUGGCUUUUAUUUUUCCCCCUCAUAAAACCAAUUUAAUUGGCAGCCUCUUGAUGUGUUUCUCCUUCUUCUAUACUAAUGGCAGAUACAUCUUGCAGAACCAGUUUUUCCCUUUAAAACUUCCAAUAAACUGGAUUUAAGAUAGGAAGAAGCACAUCAUACUGAUGUCAGGUGUUCAAUCAGCUGCAAUUUACUAAAUUUGUUAAAAUACCCUUGCCCCAAUCUUCUGCAUCACUCUUCUUUACAGCACUACCCAUUUCUACAUUGGUGAUCUGAGUCAAGAUUCAAAUUAGCAGUUUUCUCUUUGUCUCUUUGUUGCAAUAAGACUGUAAAAUUAACAUUUUAACUAGACUGCCUUCAGAAAAAUACAACUCCCUUUCAUUCAUAUGCUGGUUUAGAAGUAUAAUGGAAUAAUUGUUACUCCAGUGACUGUGUAAAAUACUGGUUUGUUGUACUAUACAAUGUGAAAAAUAAGUCCUCAGAUGAUCUGGUUUAUAAAUAGUAUCUUUGUUGCCUGAUUCAUUUUAGUCCCAUAUAGACCAUUUUUCAGUAUGGUAUGAAUGACAGAAUUCUGGUUUACCUGUUUGAGAACAAAGAAAUAAAUCUGUGUAAAAUGCGUGUUGAAUUGGCUGCCACUAAUGUAAAAGAAUGUUCAAAAUAAUUUUGCAUGCCACGUGUCCCUGUUGCUAUUUGUUUUUUAACAGAUACUGUGGGAUUUUCUCCCUAAAUGAAGUAAAAAAACAUUUUUAAACAAAUCAAAA